UGCUUUCUAUCUGUUUUACUGCUAUUUAACAAAGAACAAGGAGCCACUGGAGUUUCUGGAUAAAAGAUUCAAACAACACAGUUCCAGUAAAGUCUCUCUGUAUGAUCUAAUAUCAGCAGUAGGUAAAGCUGUUGAGAGUGAGAAUGGACGUCUGGAUCUGUCCCUGCGGUUCCUGCUGGGCAUCUCACUGGAGUCCAAUCAGAGACUCUUACAGGAUCUACUGACACACACAGAGAACAGCUCCGAGACCAUCAGAGAAACCACACAGUACAUUAAAGAGACGAUCAGAAAUGGACAUGAACUCUCCACUGAAAGAUCUAUCAAUCUGUUGCUCUGUCUGCUGGAAGUGAAAGAUCAGACUCUGUCCAGAGAGAUUCAGGAGUUUGUGAAAUCAGACAAACAAUCAGAGAAGAAACUCUCUCCUGUUUACUGCUCAACAAUCUCCUACAUGCUUCAGAUGUCAGAGGAGCCGCUGGAUGAGCUGAACACCAUGAAAUACAACACAUCAGCUGAGGGGAGAAGAAGACUGAUACCAGCUGUGGUCAACUGCAGAAAAGCUCUUCUUGCUGGCUGUAAUCUCACUGCUCAGUGUUGUGAGAGUUUGUCAUCAGCUCUACAAUCCUCAAACUGUGUCCUGAGAGAGCUGGAUCUGAGUAACAAUCACCUGCAGGACUCUGGUGUAAAGUUUAUUUCUGAUGGACUGAAGAGUCCAAACUGUCAGCUGCAGAUACUGAGGUUGUCCGGCUGUAUGGUAUCAGAGGAAGGCUGUGGUUAUUUGUCUUCAGCUCUGAGUUUAAACUCCUCACACCUGAGAGAGCUGGAUCUGAGCUACAAUCACCCAGGACACUCAGGAGUCCAGCUGAUCAAACACAAACUGCAGGAUCCAAACUAUAAACUGCAGAUACUCAAUGUGGAUCAUGGAGGAGAGAACAGGAUGACAGCAGGACCACGAAAGUGGGCCUGUGAUCUCACACUGGAUCCAAACACAGCAAACACUGAACUCAUUCUGUCUGAUGAGAACAGGAAGAUCACACGCGUGUUUGAGCGUCAGCCUUAUCCUGAUCAUCCGGAGAGAUUUGAUGGUGUUACUCAGGUUCUGAGUGUUGAGAUUCUGACUGGACGCUGUUACUGGGAGGCUGAAUGGAGCGGAGAUAAUGCUGUUAUAUCUGUGUCAUAUAAAGGAAUCAACAGGAAAGGAGGGAGAGACAGUGUGUUUGGAUACAAUGUCAAAUCCUGGAAUCUGAUCUGCUUCAGUAACAGGUUCACUGUUCGUCACAAUGAUAUCGACACUGUUAUACCUGCUGUCCGUUCAUCCUCUAAUAGAGCAGGAGUGUAUCUGGACGUGUCGGCCGGCUCUCUGUCCUUCUACAGCGUCUCUGACACACACACACUCACACACUUACACACACUCAACACCACAUUCACUGAACCCCUCUGUGCUGGGUUUUGGGUUUAUCCUGGUUCUUCAGUGGCUCUGUGUGAUAUUAAACAGCCUCCUGUGAGAAUCAUCAGUGAUCCACACGUCACCAGAUCUGCUGAACAAGCAUAUCAAACGCAGAGCUGGAGAGACUGCAGUGCAACCGAAUCGCUCCAGUGAUGGACGUGACGUGAUCUCAGGGAAACUGGAGGAAGUUCAUCUGUUUAGGAGAGUCUGAAGCUUCCCUCAGAGAUGCUGUGCAAGUCCUCAGUGUAGAAGACGAGGGAAUAACUGGAGAACCUGUUCAGCUGACACGAUCCCAUGCCAAGAUAGUCCAACCAUCCUUCUCUACUAAAACAUUCAUUAUUAGAUGGAUAAUGGGAUGGGACCAACACUGCGAUCUUCUUCUCUACAUGCACUCUGAAGCUCCUCUCAUUCGUCAUGUCUACUUUUUUUGUGAAAACACAUGUAUGCCUCUCUUUCAGAUGUGAAAUCUAUG